CAAUGCUUAUGUCAUGUGAGGUUUUGGAAUAACAAUGAGAAAUCGCAAGAGCAAUUAUAAUAAGAAGGAUCGAAGUAGAGUGAUCUUCUUAGAACAUUGGGCUUUGUUGCAGGAGCUUGGCCAUGGGAGGCUUGGCCGUAGGAGGCCUUGGAGUGCUAGUCUUGGGAGCCUUGGGAGUUCUAUGAAAAUACAGCCUCCAGGGGCUUGCAUCCUGGUCUUCAAAGAUGUGUGUGAGAGGAGAUAGGGUGUGAGGAUAGCUGUAGAAGAGUUAUCGGAGGUAGCCACAAGAGCUUGAGAGCCUCUUGCCAUUUAUGCUUUGAGCUUUUACCAUUCUUUUCCUCCCUCUUUAGAUUGGUCUUGUUCAUAUAGAGGAGGAAGUAUGGAUCCAUUGGGAGGCGAAAAUCAAAUGGUUACCGUAACCUUUUUCUUUCUUUGGAUUCAAAUUUAUCAUAAUCUCUUCAGUGUGUUUUGAUCCAACUUAAUUUUUUUCAAAUUCAAAUCUUUUCAAAAUACUUACGAGGCUUUGAUCCGUGAUGGAUGGAUUAGAUUUAGGCUACAUCAGAUAGAAGAUCCUAUGUUCGAGCCAUAAGAUUAAAAUACAAUCAAAAUUUUAUAUCAUAAAGUCUGAUCUCGGGCUCGUUCCUAAUAUCUGGAGCGGCUCAUGGUUGGGCUACUUGGCUUCAUCGCAAAACUCGCCGGGCUCCGCUCCCUUCCACUCCUAAACGUUGCUGGCGCCUUAUGCCCACCCUGCUUGCUGGCCUGCACUCGGACCCAAGAGGUCUUAAACCCUAUAAACCCUACCAAUGAAACGCUGCCCAAGGCCAUGGCGCUCGCUAAAACCCCAGCGCUUUACCCCGGCAACCGCUCUCUCCCGCAGGCGAAGACCCUGAGCUUCCCCUCCCUCCUCCAGUCGAAGCUUCAUCCCUGCCCAAACCCCUCGCUAAAACCCAUCGACGCCCUGCUCGGCCUCUCCGUCGCCUUCUCUCCUGCUCCACUGCUCCAUCUCCGGCACCGGCGCGGUGUCCGAGCCCCUCCUCGCGCUUCCUCCGAUCCAUCGACUUUGGAAGAGAGCUUCGAAAACCCACAGAAAGAUGCCACUGAUGGAUUGCUUCAGCGUGCAACGCUGGUCGGCGCCGCAACAGUGGCAAGCAAGAUUCUGGGGUUGCUAAGAGAGAUUGUCUUGGCUGCUGUUAUUGGAGUGGGUCCUGUAGCGACUGCAUUUAACCAUGCGGCAGUCCUUCCAAGGUUUUCUGCAUCCUUUUUGGGAGGUGUAAAUGGUCCCAUUCAUAUCACAGUUGCCACCACAUUGAGUAAGCUUUCGAAGGAAAGUAGGAGGCAGCUAACUAGAAAGAUGCUUAACAUAAUGUUUCUGAUUGGAGGUGCCUUUUCUGCUUUGACAUACUUUUAUGCUGAUGGAAUCAUUUUUCUUACUGCACCAGGUUUACAGGUGUUGGCAGAGGGUAAACUCAUUAGAGAAAUGGCUGUGAAUCAGCUGAAGCUGAUGAUUCCUUGCAUUCUUGUUUCUGGUUCGGUGGCAGUUGGCUUUGGUUGUCUAACUGCAGAAAGAGAAAAUACUUAUCUGGCGUUGAGCCCUUCUAUAACAAGCAUUGCUGUAAUUUCAUCAUGUGUUGUAUAUAUCUUAAUGAAGGGGCUGAGUUCUUCAAGUAUGAAUUCUCCAUUAUUAGGAGUGUUUAUAUCUUCUGGAGCUUCAGUAGGAUCCCUUAUGCAGUGGAUUAUGCAGGUCAUGAUCCAUAAAAAUUCAGAAUCUGAAACUAAAUUUAUUUCUUGGAAGGACUUUUUCAAUGACAAGGAUGUUCAUAAGUUAUUCGCCUUAAUGCUUCCUGCAACACUUAGUUCAGGAUUGGUCCAGAUAACAUCUCUUACAGAUCUUUAUUUUUCAUCAUUUAUCCCUGGUGCUGCUGCAGGUCUUUCCUAUGCACAUCUCCUGACAAUGGCUCCACUAGGCAUAUUAUCUAGUGCACUAAUUCUACCUCUUCUGCCUACUUUUUCAAGGCUUACAAAGCAUUCCUCAUUGGCAAGUCUAAAGGAGAAUCUGCAAAAAGCAAUUCUACUGUGCAUGGUGAUUAUUUUGCCAAUCACAUGCACAAUUUGUGUGCUGGCAGGGCCAGUUAUAAGUUUGUUAUUUCAGAGAUUGAUGUUUGACUCCUCUGCUAGUUCUUUUGUUUCAUCUUUACUUCGAUGCUAUUCAAUCAGUUCACCCUUCUGGAUCAUUCAAGAAUUGUGUGCUGUAGUAUUCUACUCGCUUGGGGAUUCUAACUGCCCAUUUCUCAUUAAUGUAAUUGCUAUAUUUAUGAAUGGCAUCCUCGAUUGGCUCUCUCUUUCUGUUUUUGGUCUUGGAGCUCAAGGACUGGCACUUUCAACUUCAUGUGUUUCUGCUUUAUCUGUCUUGGCACUCUUGCUUCUCCUCUCAAAGAAGCUUGGAGGAAUAAUUGACAUAAGAGAAAUGAGGGGUCCUUUUCUUUUGCUGCUUGUAUGUUGUGCCAUUUCAGGAUUCACCACAAUGCUGUCUUAUAGAAUGCUGCAAUUCUUUCUAUCACCUAUCUCAAUCUUAAGGUUGUUCAGGCUUGCCGAACUCUUGUCCAUUUUGCUGGCUGGCAUUCUGGGGUCGUCUGCAUUUUACUGUCCCCUUGUCUUUGGUCAGUUUCCUGGAGUAUUCUUGGUUGAUUCUCUCUUGAAGACGUUGUUAAACAGAUAGAAUCCAUUUGUCUACUCAUUGCUAUAUAAUUAGCUAAUGCAUAGAUCUUGAAGACUUCCAACCAUACAUACCAGAGGUUGAAUCCUCCAUGCAAUGAUUCUCUCUCUCUCUCUCUCUCUGUGUGUGUGUAAAAGAUAGGAGAACCUGUCAACCAUUUCAUCAAGAGAAUGAAAAAAUGUACAUUGAAUGGGUCGGAAAAGGCUUUCAUACGGAAGGAGUGGUGGAACAAGGGAAGAAAUUAAGCAAGUACUUAGCUAAUGUAUUCCUAAGCUGCUUCUCAUCUAAAAGUUGGAAGCAAGUAUUUGUAUUAGAUAGAAUUAUUUAAUAGCCUUGUGCCUAUCGACAUUUGAAGUUACUUGGCAAAAGGGAAUCUCUCACUUAUGUCGUUGAUUUCUUUGAGUCAAGUAGGACAACCAUACAUCAUGAAGAUCUUGGAAAGUCUGAUUUCCAAAAUUCCUGCAUUGUACUUUGCAUGAAACAGGUGUGGCAGGUGUUAUGCGCCUGAGAGAUGGACGACAGGGUUUUGCUCGUGUAAUGCAUGUGAGAAGAUUUAUGGAUCAUGUUUCUUUAUGCAGCUCGGUAGAGUCAGACGCAGGUGAUUGUGACCAACCUGGGGACCAUUACAAAGAAUCAAUCAAGGCAGAACAGAUAAAAAACACUGACUCUUGGAAAUCAAGGAAAGUUAACAAGAAUGUAGACUAGGCUUCAAGUAUCACAAUAUAUCAUAAAAAACGUGGAGAGAUGGCAAACCUGAGGAAAAUUUGUCGACGAGCUAGCUGGAGUGACUGCAGCAUGCCAUGGACAGCCGGACCCAAUAUAGGAAUUGCAGCCAAUAGCUAUCACAGCAAUAGCUGGCGUUGUUUGAUACCUUGAGAAUGCCUGGUGGAAAAUGGAUCGAUUGGAUUGAGAUCGAAAUUUUUAUAUCCAUUUACAUAUUUAUAAAUUUCAUCAUUAAAUACAUCUAAAUAGAUCUAGACUCGAAAAUACGGCCAUUUGCUUGGGUGCCAGCUACUCAACCAUGAAGAUGAUAUUCAAUGCAAUAAUGAUGGUUUA